AUGUCGCAGGCGGCGCGGAGCGGGGAGGACGGCGAGGAGGGCGAGCAGGAGGACGAGGCAGCGCGGGGCAGCCGGAGGCGGCACAGGAGCCGCCACGAGGCGCCGGCGGGCGGCGGCAGGAGCCAGGAGCGCCACGAGAGGAAGAGGAAGAAGAGGGAGGCGCAGCAGCUCCAGAAGCUCCAGCACCUGGAGUCGUUCUAUGAGAAACCUCCCCCGGGGCUAAUAAAGGAGAAUGAAACAAAACCAGAAGACUGCAUCCCUGAUGUACCAGGCAAUGAAAGCGCACGAGAAUUCCUGGCACAUGCCCCAACAAAAGGCCUUUGGAUGCCUUUGGGAAAAGAAGUCAAAGUUAUGCAGUGUUGGAGGUGUAAACGUUACGGACACAGAACGGGAGAUAAAGAAUGCCCCUUCUUUAUUAAAGGCAAUCAGAAAUUGGAACAAUUUAGAGUAGCACAUGAAGACCCAAUGUAUGAUCUAAUAAGAGAAAACAAACGUCAUGAAAAAGAAAUGAGGAUACAGCAACUGAAGCAGCUCCUGGAAGACUCUACCUCAGAAGAUGAUGACAGCGAUGGCAGCAGUGAGGAUGAUGAUGAAAGUAGCAGCAGCUCCACUUCCUCAGAAUGUAGAGAUAAACACAAGAAAAAGAAGAGAAAGAAAGAGAAGAAGAAAAAAGAAAAGAAGAAGAAAAAAAAGAAAAAGCAUAAAUCUUCUAAAUCUAAUGAGAAGUUAGAAUCUGACUGACAGCAGCUGUCUGCUGCAUGCUUAUUGACCCCUACUUGGGAACUGUAAGGAAACACCCAAAGAAUGAAGAAACCACCACUGGAAAAGGCUUUAUUAAACUCAGAACACAGAGAUGGAUACCUGUGUAUAUAUAGCAUCCAACUUUGGCUCUGCUUUUCUGCCCCUCUGCAAUGCUGCAGCCAGAAAAGAGGUUCAUUAAACACUGGUUUUAACUCAGUCAACCUUAUCUCUGCCCUGCAGAACCGGUGCCAAGGGUCCUCUAGCCGGGUCCCUCUGGGCCUCUGUGUCGCCACAUGUGAUGAUGGCCAGAAAGCAGUGACCACCCAACUCUUGCCAGCAGAGCAGCAGAAGCAGCCAGCUGCCUACUGAAGUAUGUUUUGUCCAUGAAUUUUACUGUAUUCAGACAGUCACUGCAGUGGGGACUGCAACGUGCACUGUGCAAAGCAUUGACACCUCAUUUACAGU